CCCCUCCGCUGCCGGGAACCCAGCGCUUCGGCAGCGCGCCACCCCCUCCCUCCCCGAACGGCUUCAGGAAACAGCCUGCAGGGAAAUCUGCUGAGGACCUGGUGACAGCCACCAGGCCUUCAGCUCGAGAGCCCGCAAUCAGGACCCUGGCGGCUCCGGUGGCGCUCGGCCCUCCUCGCGCCCGCGUCGCUGCGCCCCACCUACCGGUGCCGGCCCUUUGGUCUCCCGCCCGUCUACCCACUUGGCCCGCAGCCCCGGCCGCCGGGCUGGCUGCAGAAGCCGAGGGGCCGCGGGGACUGAUGCGUACCCGCUGCCGUGGCACCACGUGUCCGCACCCGGCUGGCGCGGGAGGAGCGGGCCGGGCCCGGCUCCCAGGUCCUGAGCGCAAACCUGCAGCGACGCGGGGUCCUGCCCGAUCGCGGCCCAGCCGGACCCCCACCACCCGGGCUCACGGAGGUGCCUUCUGGACGGCGCGAUGGAUCCCUUCUGCGAAAGAAAGGGUGCCUCCUCCUGGACGGCGGCAGCGGCGGCGCGAGGAGCAGGCGGGCAGUGGCGUGAUGGGUCCCCUCCGGGAGAACAAGAAGGAGCACAGAGUGCAGCAUCAUGAGAAGGAGAUUUCCCGAAGCCGGAUUCCCCGGUUGAUUCUUCGGCCCCAUCUGCCCCAGCAACAGCACAAGGUGUCCCCAGCCUCUGAGUCUCCCUUCUCUGAGGAAGAGAGCAGAGAGUUCAACCCCAGCAGCUCUGGGCGCUCAGCGAGGACCAUUAGCAGCAACAGCUUCUGCUCAGAUGACACAGGCUGUCCUAGUAGCCAGUCAGUAUCACCAGUGAAGACACCCUCAGAUACUGGGAAUAGCCCCAUUGGCUUUUGCCCUGGAAGUGAUGAAGACUUUACCAGAAAGAAGUGCACCAUUGGAAUGGUUGUUGAGGGAAGCAUCCAGUCAGCCCGAUAUAAGAAGGAAUCCAAGUCAGGCUUUGUAAAGCCAGGUAGUGAAGCUGAUUUUAGCUCCUCCAGCAGCACGGGCAGCAUUUCGGCUCCUGAGGUCCAUAUGUCUACUACGGGAAGCAAGAGGUCCUCUUUCUCACGCAAUCGAGGUCCCCAUGGGCGAAGUAAUGGAGCCUCAUCGCACAAGUCUGGCAACAGUCCACCAUCCCCACGGGAAAAGGACCUUCUGUCUAUGCUGUGCAGGAAUCAGCUGAGCCCCAUUAAUAUCCAUCCCAAUUAUGCCCCUUCCUCCCCAAGCAGUAGCAACUCGGGCUCCUACAAAGGAAGUGACUGCAGCCCAGUCAUGAGGCGGUCUGGAAGGUACAUGUCUUGUGGAGAAAACCAUGGUGUCAAACCCCCAAAUCCAGAGCAGUAUCUGACUCCUCUGCAGCAGAAAGAAGUCACAGUGAGACACCUGAAGACCAAGCUUAAAGAAUCGGAGCGCCGACUUCAUGAAAGGGAAACUGAAAUUGUGGAGCUCAAGUCCCAGCUGACCCGUAUGAGAGAAGACUGGAUUGAAGAAGAGUGCCACCGGGUUGAGGCCCAGCUGGCACUCAAGGAAGCCAGGAAGGAGAUUAAACAGCUCAAACAGGUCAUUGAAACCAUGAGAAGCAGCUUGGCUGAUAAAGAUAAAGGCAUUCAGAAAUAUUUUGUGGACAUUAACAUCCAAAACAAGAAGUUGGAGUCUCUGCUUCAGAGCAUGGAGAUGGCGCACAACGGCUCCCUGAGGGAUGAACUGUGUCUGGACUUACCGUGUGAUUCCCCGGAAAAGAGCCUACCUCUAAAUGCCCCUUAUGGCAAGAUGGCAGGUGGAUUAGCUCUGGAAGAGCAGGUCACAGAGGAAGGGGCCGAUAGUGAGCUGCUGGUGGGAGACAGCAUGGCCGACGGCACUGAUUUGUUAGACGAGAUGGUGACAACUGCCACCACCACAGAAUCGGGUGACCUGGAGCUGGUUCAUUCCACCCCCGGGGCCAAAAUCCUGGAGGCGGCCCCCGAGGGGGUGGGUCGCGAGGAGGAGGAGGUCGUGGCGCUGGUGGAGCAGGCGGUGCAGACCGACGUGGUGCUCUUCAGCCCUGCUGUCUCCGAGCUCAUUCAGAAUAUGCUCCAGUUCCAGGACCCCUGUCCCUCGAGCUCAGCUUCCCCUGACGAGUCUGGGGCUGACUCGGUGGAGAGCUUCCCAGAGUCCGUCUCGGCCUUGGUGGUUGAUUUAACUCCAAGAAAUCCCAACUCUGCCAUCCUUCUGUCUCCCGUGGAGACCCCGCUGGGCAAGGAGGCCACCGACACCCGCGACAACCGCCUCAUGAGAGAGCUGGAUUUUUCAGCCUAUGCCGAAGAAAGGCUGGAGAGCGUCGUCCCGCUGCCCCAGGGGGGUGUCGUGAGGCAGUACUGGAGCAGCAGUUUCCUGGUUGAUCUCUUGGCCGUGGCUGCCCCGGUGGUGCCCACUGUCCUGUGGGCAUUCAGUACUCAGAGAGGGGGGAUAGAUCCGGUCUACAACAUCGGAGCCUUGCUGCGGGGCUGCUGUGUGGUCGCCCUGCAUUCGCUCCGCCGCACCGCCUUCCACAUCAAAACCUAAAUAGAAGUUUUUGCUGUGUGCCAAUUUGUCCCGUGUGGCGUUGUGCCAGGUAGAGAAACAGCAGGUCGAUCUGUGGCAGUCUCUAUUCUGUCGUUUUGCUCCUCGGUAUUUUGAUUUGCACUAUAGUUAGUUGAAGCCUGUUCACUGUUUAAAACCGGAGGUAUCUUCAAAGGCAUGGAGACCUGGUUCCAGUAAAUGUCCCACCAGUGUGGUAUAGAAAGCAUGCUCAUGACCCUGCCCGUGUCGUCUGAGGUACCUAUUAUUCUAGUGGUUCAGGAAGAGAAAAUGCAAAGUUUGCACUUUGAAGACAGCUUCUCCAAGGCUGGCAUGUUAUCUCCUUGCUUUGCUUUGUGCCGUUUUAAAAUGUGUAACUGUUCCAGCAUUCCAAUGGUCUUGUGCAUAGCAGGGGACUGUAACCAAAAAUAAAAAAUGUAUUUGUGUAAUUGAUUCAAAGAAGUCUUGAAUAGCUCUUUAGUGUCUUACUUGGGGUUGAUAAGGUUUGACUGUUUGCAGUUUUUAAAUAAAUGUAGCUCCAAAGUCUUAAAUGGCUUGUUUGUUCUUAAACCUGUUAAUUGAUGAAACUGUACGUAAGUUUACAAUGUACUAACUUAUUUUUUUGCUUAUUCUAUAUAGUGUUUUAUUGGAGAUUGUUUGUAACCACACACUUAAGCAUGAUGAAAAUAAAGAUUAGUGUUUCCAUUUAAAUAAAGGUUUUAUCCUCCUGUA